AUGUCUGAAAUCGACGCCAUCUUUGCCUCCAAGGCUGCCCCGCCGCCCCCGCCCUCGCCGCCCCCCACCAAGCCUGCAAAGAAGAAGAGCAAAAAGAAGAAAACAGCGCCCCAGCCGUCUCCCCCACCUCCUCCAUCCUCCUCCAAGAAACGGCCUCCUCCAGAGACCGUCGUCGAUACUUCUCACAAGCGCAUCAAGUCCUCCCAACCACAACCCAACCCCGACAAAAAAUCCACAAAAACAGACAAGAAAGCCCUCGACGGUUUCAAAGACUCCAGGGGCACCGCUUCUCGCCGUACAACCGAAGAGGGCUGGCUUGUGUACAAAGAGGACGAGCUCGGCAUCGGUGACACAGGCGGUGGUAAGCUACAACACUCCCCUCUGUCCAUUUGA